GGAAAGAAGAAGGUGUCCAUUUUAUUUAUAGCCUUUUUUCGUUGCACUUUACGGAAACAAAAAAAAAAAAAAAAAAAACAGCUUCCAGAUAUGAGCAGUUCAGAGGAAGUGUCGUGGAUUUCGUGGUUCUGUGGACUGAGGGGGAAUGAAUUUUUCUGUGAGGUGGAUGAAGACUAUAUCCAGGACAAGUUCAACUUGACUGGGCUCAAUGAGCAGGUCCCCCACUAUCGCCAGGCUCUUGAUAUGAUCCUGGACCUUGAACCAGAUGAAGAGCUGGAGGACAAUCCCAACCAGAGCGACCUGAUAGAGCAGGCAGCUGAAAUGCUAUAUGGCCUCAUCCACGCACGCUACAUCCUCACUAACAGAGGCAUCGCACAGAUGUUGGAGAAAUAUCAACAGGGCGACUUUGGCUAUUGUCCUCGAGUUUAUUGUGAGAAUCAGCCUAUGCUUCCCAUCGGCCUGUCAGACAUCCCAGGAGAGGCCAUGGUGAAACUAUAUUGCCCCAAAUGUAUGGACGUCUACACACCAAAGUCCUCCAGGCACCACCACACAGACGGUGCCUAUUUUGGCACCGGCUUCCCUCACAUGCUCUUCAUGGUUCACCCUGAAUACAGGCCCAAGAGGCCCGCCAAUCAGUUUGUCCCCAGGCUUUACGGGUUCAAGAUCCACCCCAUGGCCUAUCAGCUUCAGCUGCAAGCAGCGUCCAGCUUCAAGAGCCCUGUCAAGGCCAUCCGCUAAAGAGGAGGACAGAGGAGGAGGCAUCAUGAAGAGAGAUGGACAGGAAGGAAUAAUCACAAGCGGCGGGCAGGGUCACCUGCGUUUUACAAAACCACCCCACCCCCACAGAAACACACUUAAGACUGUAUCAUUUCUUUUACUUUAGAGCAAAUGAAAACAGUUUGAAUGAGAGAGUGAUACAGACACACACACACACACACACAGGAUUCCAGGCAUGUGCACACUUUACCAAACUCAUUACUGCCAAAGUUGGAGGUGAAGUUGGAGGAAGCUGAAGAAUGCAGGAGCACAACGCGGCUGCUGUUUAGUCACAUUUUUAGCAUGCUGACAGAGAAAUGACAUGACACUGUUAAGGGGGAAAA